CAAGAUUUUUUCAGAAUGCCUUCUCUUCUGCUUCAGGUUGCAACAGCAAAUCUUGCAUGGGCUUCAGUAGCAAUACAUCAAGUACAAGUGUGCAGAGGUCUUGCCAAGCAGACUGAACUGAAUGACUUCUUGCUUGAUGUAUCGAAAACGUAUUUUGAUAAUAUAGUUGCAAUAGAUUCUCUACUUGAACAUAUAAUGAUAUAUGCAAAAAACCUGGUGAAUGCAGAUAGAUGUGCACUCUUCCAGGUUGACCACAAAAAUAAGGAGCUGUAUUCAGAUCUUUUUGAUAUUGGAGAAGAAAAUGAUGGGAAACCUGUUUUUAAGAAGACCAAAGAAAUAAGAUUUUCUAUAGAAAAAGGAAUAGCUGGUCAAGUGGCAAGAACCGGGGAAGUCCUUAACAUCCCUGAUGCCUAUGCAGAUCCACGCUUUAACAGAGAAGUAGACCUCUAUACGGGCUACACAACCAGAAAUAUCCUGUGCAUGCCUAUUGUGAGCCGAGGAAGUGUAAUAGGCGUUGUGCAGAUGGUGAACAAAAUAAGUGGAAGUGCCUUCUCUAAAACUGAUGAGAACAACUUUAAAAUGUUUGCAGUCUUCUGUGCUUUAGCCUUACACUGUGCUAACAUGUACCACAGAAUUCGCCAUUCAGAGUGUAUUUACCGUGUAACAAUGGAGAAGCUAUCCUACCACAGUGUUUGUACUGCAGAAGAGUGGCAAAACCUCAUGCACUGCACACUGCCUCCACAUAUUUAUAAAGAAAUUGAACUCCUGGCAGUCACUACGUGUGGCUUCAGCCUCGGUGUCUCAGAUGGUGUUUUUUCUCUAGUAGAUAGAGGUCAUGGUACAGAUGAGCGAUUUCCCAAAGGUACUGGACUUGAAUCAGGGACUCGUAUCCAAUCUGUUCUUUGUUUACCAAUUGUCACUGCAAUUGGUGAUCUGAUUGGUAUCCUGGAGCUUUAUCGUCACUGGGGCAAAGAAGCCUUCCAUCUUAGUCACCAAGAGUAUCAGGAUACGAAUAUGCAAGGUGUAGUGUAUGAAUUGAACAGCUACAUAGAGCAGCGCCUGGAUACAGGAGGAGAUAACCAACUACUUCUGUAUGAACUGAGCAGCAUCAUUAAAAUAGGUGUCAUUGUGUUGUUUGAAAAUGGUUUAGAUCAUGUCCAGGAUCCAAAGUUGGAAGAGGAAUCGGUGAAAACUGACUUGGGUAACUCGUGUUUCCUUGAGGAAACAGAUGUAGAAUCUGGAGAACAGCACCAAAUUUUAGUUCUGACUCCAGUAAUCCUCUUGUCAUAUCUCAGCCUUACCUGUGCCUUGAAAAUACCUCUGGUUAUUCACAAGAGAGAUCAUAUUUAA